AUUAAUGACAAUUAGACCUUAACCUUAAAAAAAAAAAAGGUAAAAACCAUAGGAGGGUCAAAGAAAGGAUAUUUCCCAUCUAGGAAUUCUUGGUUGAACACCCCUUGAAAAUAUUUUCCACUAUAAUGGAAGUCUGCGGACCUCUCCCUCUUUCCACUCCCAAAAUUCUGCCCACAAAUUUUGAUCCAAAAUUCAGCAGAAAGUAUUCUUCAAUUGCUCCCUGUUACAAAUUAUUUGACCCUUGUUAUGGGCAAUUCAUGCCAAUUCGAAAAAAUAUUUGGAAAGUACCCAGAAUGCAAGUAGUGGAAGAAGAGUAUGAAUUAAGGCAAAUGAAGGAUAUGGCUGCCGCUAGAAAAAGAUGGGAAGCUUUGGUGAGAGAAGGUAAAGUCAAACCUUUGACACCAAGGGAGGCUGGGUACGCUAUCCAACUCUCUGGCAAGACUUUGCUAGAUGUCCGUCCAACAUCAGAGCGCAACAAGGCAUGGGUUAAGGGCUCAACUUGGAUUCCCAUUUUUGAUGUUGAUGACAGAUUUGAUGUCGGAACACUCUCAACAAAGGCAACAAAUUUUUUGAUGGGUGGAUGGUGGAGUGGUGUACCUACACUUUCCUAUAAUAGCCAAUUCCUAUCCAAAGUCAACGAGAAAUUCUCAAAAGAUACCGAUCUUAUAGUUGCGUGCCAGAAGGGAUUAAGAUCUUUAGCUGCUUGUGAGCUGCUUUGUAAUGCUGGCUACCAAAAUGUAUUUUGGGUGCAAGGGGGUCUAGAAGCAGCAGAAGAAGAGGAACUCCCGAGGGAAGGUCCACAGCCUUUUAAAUUUGCUGGAAUUGGAGGUCUUUCUGAGUUCCUUGGUUGGACAGAUCAGCAAAGAGUCGCUGCAGCUAGAGAAGGAUGGCAAUAUCGAUUAGUUUUCUCUGCUCGUAUGGUUGGAUUAUUUCUUGCUGCCGAUGCAUUGUAUCUCGGUACUCAGCAAGUGUUUCGCUACCUACAAGAAAUAAGAACUCAUUGAAUAUCCGGCCCUUAAAGUCAUUCGCAACACACGUGUGACCGAUUUUCAUUUGUUCAUCAAAAUUUGUAGUGUGAUUUAGAAUGUUGUAUGAAAUAUUAAUAUAUCAGAGUUUUUGUAUGUCUUUCUGUUUCA